GUGCGCUCUCCCGCUGUGGCUCGCUAUCACGCGGCAAACUAAUACGGGCGCUCUCGCAUCUCGCAGAGAUCUUGGGCAGCAGCACCCAAAACGGGCUCCGGCCAGUGCGAGCCCCGGUACAUUGAUGCGUGGAUGCUCUGCCGUGUCGGGCUUUCAGUGGUUGAUCAGGCACGCUUGCGAAAGGUCGCUUCAAGAGGUUCCGAGCACGAGCGUGUUACGACGCAGCAGCAAAACCAAUCACACGCCUCCGCCCCCCGCCCCACACGAGACUACUCGCUACGGUUGCGUACGGUCACACGUCUAACACAAAUUGCCCGCAUCGACGCUGCCAGUUCGCAUUGGACGGCACGGUAAAACAGACGAAAUCACACACACACACACACACGGCAAAAACAGACAGCCAGGUCAAAGUGUCAAGGCUGAAGAUAAGCCUGCCGAGGGCAAGUGUUGAUCUCGCGUCGUUGAAGCUGUGCGGCUCGGUGUGUGAGAGGGUUCAUUCCAGCUUCCCAGCGUCAGGUGAAUAAUUGUGUGAUUCCCCUUGAAACUGAGGUACGUCACAUCGUGCAAAUAUUCUGUUCAGGUUCGAAUAGUGUGCAGUGUCGUAUUGGAAUUUCGGCCAGCAGACGUCAAUCAAAAUCACACCGAACAACAACAACAACAACAGAAACAACAGCGCCACAAAAACCCGUUCCAGUGCACGAUCGGGCAUUCACAAGCACACAGCGCGCGAAAAAGGGAAAGUCGCCCGUAAUUGUUUUUCGGAGUGUACCUGUGUCCGUGCGUGUGUGCAUGUGUAGGGCAAGGUCGCCGACGGCACAGCUGAGACGGGUGGCCCAGUAGCAGACAAAAACGCGCGCGGGUAAAACCAGGCCCAAGGUGUUUCUGGCCAGCGAGCGGUUGAAGGUGAUUGGAAUCGCGCGAGAAACUCCCCCCCCCUCGGAGAGGCCAGACAACAAUCAAAACCGCCACUCCGCGUGCACACCACACCAGUGGAGCUAGUAACAGUGCUUACAGUAGAGACUUACAGCAGUCCGAUCACGAUGAGCGGUGUCGACGACAUUCUGACGUACAAGCGAGACUCCAAGGAGGAUCUGUACGCGCUGCUAAACUGCAGCGAAACGUCCACGGUGGAUCAAAUCCAGGCCGAGUUUAAAAUACUCGCUUUACAGUAUCACCCGGACAAGAACGAUGGUGACAAGGAGUCCGAGGCUAAGUUUCAGCAGCUAAAGGAGGCGAAGGAGAUCCUGUGCGAUCCGGAGAAGCGGGCGAGCUACGACAAGUGGCGCAACAGCGGCAUCCAGAUCAGCUACAAGAACUGGCUCGGCAUGAAGGAGCACGUCCAGCAGAGCAUGCACUGGGCGAUCCCGAAAACGAAGGACCGGAUGCUGCCGGAGGGCGGCACGGCGGCCGGCAGCACCGGGGCUGGCGCCGCGACCGGCUCUGGCGCAGUCGGAUCCGGGCUGAGCGCGGCCCAGCCCAACCCAGCCCAUCGGCGCGCCUCCGAGGGCGGCGCCGCCCUGUACUAUGGCGGGCGCAAGGGUGAGUGGGGCUCGGAGAACUCGAGCGAAGUGGUGAGCAAGUUCCGCAACUAUGAGAUCUAAGCUAACAGUGAGGGGGGGGGGGGGGGGAGGAAGAGCAGGACGUUUUUGUGGGUGUGUGGGUAAGUGUGUAUAUGUGUGCCCAUUGAUUCUGGAAAGGUGUAUGUGUGUGUAUGUGUGUGUGCGUUGGGGGAGGUAGGUGAGCUAUUGUCUUUUAAGAGUCCUUGACAUCCUUGACAGCUUACGGAGAUACCACAGGACGGACGGACAUGAAUCUUCCUGUAUUAAGAAACCUUAAAGCCUAGAACGGUACACACACGCACACAUAAACACAUAAAGUAUCAUAUCCUCUUCUGCUCUUACCUCAAACAGCACAACCCUGCCCAGCAGCAUGGGAUGCGAAUUUAAUGAACUCACGGUUGAAUUGAUAAUUGGAGCAGAUACGUUACCCAGGCAGCACAGCCAUUGUCCGACCGCCAGAGGAUAUGUUUACGUGUGGGGUGGGUGUGUGUGCUUAUUUUGUGCUGCUAGAGAGGGGGUAACCUUUUGUGCUGGCGUGAGUUUAUACUUUCAUCUUCCAUUUCGUCCCGACUCUCACCUUCGCCCUUUUCAACCUCAGCCACGCUUUUCCACAUGCUCCAAUUGCGCCCUGUAAAUGGUGUGGUGGAUUCAUGCUAUUGUAAUGGGGAUGAUGAGAAUGGACAAAAGCGGUAGGUGGGUCAGUGGAGGAUCUCUCUCUAUUCUAUUCUCUCUCUCUCUUUCUCACUCACACACAAAAAAACACACACACACAAACACACUUAUGGUAGGAUUGAUUAAAGCCGUAUUUAACCGGCUAACGAUAAAUUAAAAUUGAUCGAUUUUUCUGCGCCUGAAAGGAAGCAACCGAACAGGAACAAACGAGCCGACACUGUGGAAUACAUACACACACACACACACACACACACACACACACACACACA